AUGGCUCAAAUUGGAAGUGUGUCGGCAGAUCAAUUGAUGGCGGGAUCAAGUGUUUUGUCAAGACCAGCUGAAGAAUUUGAAAAUGAUGCCACCGUUGAGGCAAUGUGGGCAAUGAAAGCAUUCGAACAUGCUGAAAUUUAUUUCAAUAUCCUGUGCUCCGUGGACCCAAAGCUCCUGAAGUUGACGCCGCACGACGACCUGAUCUAUAAGUCCUUCCGCGAAGUUUUCCCCAGCCUGUCGAUCGCAAAACUAAGCGAGGAUGAAAUGAAAUCGCCUGAGGGAAAAAACAAAUGGCGACCGUUCUGCGAGCAGUUUAAAGACAUAAUCGAGGACUACAGCAUGGGUACCCUCCUCCGAGCUGACUGCACCGACGAGUACAGUGAACAAAACAGCAUCCUUGUAUCGCGGAUCCAGUUCUAUGCCAUCGAGCUCGCGCGCAACCGCGAGGGCCUUAACGACUUGAUCCGCCAGAAGUUCAAGCCUAAAAAGCUCACCAAGAACUCAUAA